GACGGGAAAGCUGACUAUCUACGAGAAGCGAAAGAGAGGACAGGAACCUACCUUCGAGGAUAGUCCGCCGAUGGAGUUGCCGGCGAAACGCAAACCGAAACGGACCCCUAAGCGUGGGAUCCUCAAGCUAGCGAAUCUGACGCUGAGAUUAACCAGAUCUAAGACAAAGUCCAAGGUUAACCUGUCACCUGCAACCAAGGAGAAGAUUACGUCAGCCGUGAAAAGGAAGAUCCCAGCAAGCAUUGGGAUUGUUGGGAGGUACAAGUUUCGGGACGAAGGCAUGCGGCAGUUGAAGAAUUUGGAUGCCAUCACGUUGCAAAAUUUAUGCAAUGAGGAGGGCGUUGCCCACAACGGAAAGUUCGAUGCUAUCUUCAACCUCGCCGAACACCGGACGUACAUCGCAUACGGUACGGAGAACGACGAAAAGGACAAAGGUGAGAAGAAACUGGAGGAAGAGGAAGUUACAACUGUUGAAGACGUAGAAGAUGUUGAUGAGGAAGUGGACUGAUAUGGCUAUGGUAUUGCCGAGUAUUGGAGGCUUUGCGAUAUUUUGGUCGACCUUCGUUGUAAGUCAUCUAGGUAUAAUCGUAAGAUCGAGGAACUCCUGCGUUUGGUUGUAGUGAGAUUAUCGCUUGCCGGAUGCAUCCGUUGGAAUAGGAAAUGCGUUGAGUCAUGGGUAACACUUUAUGAGAAGUAUGGGCUCGAGUUUCUACGUUUAAAGAACGUGGUAUAUAUCGCCGUGUCUCCUUCUUGUCGCUCACAGUACAUUGGGAAGAUGAGUCAGGACGUCGAUAUACGUUGGGGGUGAACCCUCAUAUGCUUGCAAAUCCAAGUCUCAGACACAUUUUUACCAAUGGAUGAGUUGUUUUGGUACUAGCAACUACGUCCUGAUUCCCAUCGAUUCUAUCGAUGGUAAGAACUUGAGGAUCUGGAACGUACGUACAAUAGGCAGUGGAAUCCUGUACUUGACACCUCUGGGUCUAGGACGAAGGGUAGGAGAAAGACAAGAACAAGGAAGGGGGCGAGGGAAAGAUGGAAUUCGAACCCACAGUCGACUAAACCUUGUUGGAUUGUCACACCUUCAUGAGUGACGAGCACGUGGGUAGUUUCGUCAAUCUCGGGAAUUUCCUUUCGGAUUGCUUUUCGAGAGGGAUUACAUGCCUUGCAUUCCAAUCUGAUGGUGGGAAUACAUGGCACACACCCUGGAAAGAGAUUACGAAAGGGUUCGGGGAGAGCAAGGUUAAGUUUGCCGGUGAUGAGAUCUUGCUGAAAGAUGGGAAGUGCUUAAUCGGAUCGGGAGGGAGAUUUGAGAUCACUCAUUUGGAUGUUUGGAAACCACGUCGUCGAGCACUAAAAUUGGUGUUAAUACUUAAUAGGGAUUCUGAAGAACCCGAGGAAGUUGAACGACAUCUAUGGAUGGAGUAUGCGAUCCGUGUUACGGUUGUACGACGUGAUUAAGGAUUUUAGCCAAAAAUCUACUCACAGCCUAGGAGGUACCUGCGUCGUUUGCUGCAAAGAGUUUUCAAAAAUAGGUUUGAUUUGAGCUUGAGUGCCCACCUAGUCGUACGAGUGAAAUUCGAUGAUAGGAUUCGUCUGUCGGAAUUGGGGAAGAUUCUUAACGACUUGGUAAUGGACUGUGAUCUGCCACCGUGUUUUAAAGCACGCGCAUGUAAGAAGAUCCGCCUGGUCUGGACUAAAAACCAGUCUGUGGGGGAUCUUUUGCUCAACCAGCGGCACUUCGCCACUCGAGAAGUGCUAACCUGCAGUUGUGCAGGUUGACCCUUCCAUCGUGAGGAAGGUCACGUGUGCUUCCGCCUUAGCACCCUGUGUGAGACACAACCGUUACUAAGAAACACGAAGAAUGUACCGAUUCAAGAGAUAGUCGACAGGACUCUAUCGCUGCAGAAGGAGGUUGAAUUGAGCUUUGACCAGUGGGUAAAUCAUCGCGGUGAGCGAAUCAGUGUGGAUUUGAAGGACUUAGAUGCUUGUUUUGUGAAUAGGGAGUCUGAUAUGGAAUCUCACUUGUCGAGGGAAGACGUGUUGAAGGUUAAGAGGUCAUUAGACGGUUUGGUUUGUACCCCUCUGGACCGCAACCCAGGAGAAACCUUAGUGUUGUGCCCCAAAGUGUACUUCGAUGCUAUGAUGUCUUCCUUUGUGUUGAAUAGUGGGUACAGUGUGGUCGUGGGAACAGAGGAAAACGCGUUACGUAUGAUGCAUGAGGACAUGGUAACCAGAGGUUUGAAGCAGUUGGUUAAGUGGGAUAGAAAGGGAUAUCUGGGAACGGCCUACGUGUUUCCCAAGCAAAAGAAUGUCAGCAGAUAUAGGCCGAUCUGCCCCACCUUCGGUGAACCAAUGGUACACACAGGGAGGCUGGUGGUGAAAGAGUUGAACCACCUGCUGUUCUCCUUACCAAGAGACUGGCAUUUUAAUCUGCAAGUCGUUUCCCAGCUGACGGACCGACUAAACUGCAUAAACAAAGUGCCUGUUGGAAG